AUGGACGUCGGGCGUGUGUGCGGGAGGGGGGCGUGUGCUGUUAAGAAUCACUCUGCUCAUUGCCCUGCUGUGUGCUCUGUGCCCCCAGAGGUGGUGAAGAGGGUGGUGUUCAAGGGGAGGGCUCCCGUCGACGCUGAGUGCAAGGCCAAACUGGGCAAGGCCCAUGUGUACUGCGAGGGAGAGGAUGUCUAUGACGUCAUGCUGAACCAGACAAACGUCCAGUUCAACAACAACAAGUACUACCUGAUCCAGCUGCUCCAGGAUGACGGGCCGCAGGUCUACAGCGUGUGGAUGAGAUGGGGCAGAGGUACUAGCCUGUUCUUCGACAAGACGAAGAACGAGUGGGAGGACCGCUCCCGGUUUGAGAAAGUGGCGGGGAAAUACGACAUCGUGCACAUGGACUACAGCACCGAGGAGAAGUUUGUGUUGAGAGCAGCAGGAAAAGCUACAUCUUGUAUCUCUCAUCACAUCUUGCUCUGCUCACUGUCCCUCUCCUUGUCUGUGUUUAGGUUACGCACCCCACCCCUCAUUCGCUCUGAGCAGGAGCUGAAGGAGAAGAUCGCUCUGCUGGAGGCCCUCAGUGAUAUCCAGAUUGCGGUGAAGAUGGUCCAGUCCAGUGCGAGUGGUGAUGAACACCCCCUGGACAGGCAGUACCACACUCUGUGCUGUGAGCUGGAGCCCAUGGAGCCCAGUUCCCAGGAAUACCAGCUGCUGGAGCGCUACCUGCAGUCCACCCACGCCUCCACUCACAGCGACUACACCAUGACCGUGCUGGACAUCUUCACCGUGAACAGGAAGGGGGAGGAAGAGGCCUUCUGCUCACACCUGCACAACAGGACUCUGCUGUGGCAUGGCUCCCGUCUCUCAAACUGGGUCGGGAUUCUGAAUAAGGGGCUGAGAGUGGCUCCACCAGAGGCACCAGUCACUGGGUACAUGUUUGGAAAAGGAAUCUACUUUGCGGACAUGUCAUCUAAAAGUGCGAACUACUGUUUUGCCAACCAGAAGAACAGCACAGGACUGCUGCUGCUCAGUGAGGUCGCCCUGGGGGACUGUAACGAGCUGCUCCAUGCCGAUUACAACGCGGACAAGCUGCCGCCCGGAAAGCACAGUACCAAGGGCUUGGGCCAGACCGCGCCGGACCCCAGGAACGCCGUGGCGCUCGACGGGGUCGGCGUGCCCCUGGGCCCGGCCGUCCGGACUGGGGUGGCCAACGAGCAGGGCUACACCCUGCUCUACAACGAGUUCGUCGUCUACGACCCCAACCAGGUGCGCAUGAGGUUCCUCCUCCGGGUGCGCUUCAACUACCCCUCGCCGUGGUGAGACGCCGCCGUCCGCGAGGCGGCAAGAAAUCUGGCAGAACUCCGAGCUGACACUGGGGGGGGACACCGGGGGAGGUGGAGGAGGUGAGGGGUGGGGGCAGUGUGCCUUCAUGAUGCAGAACGCGCUCCUAAUUCAUCUGAAAGUCCGGCGGAAAAUAAGUUCGGAGACACUACCCAAGAAAGCAGGAGCUCUGGAGGCAGCGUAGGUGCGGAAGACAGACACAAGAGGGACAGAGGGUCCUGUCCCGGGACAGUCUGG